CUCGCGGAUGCUGGGCUCUGCAGAUGGACCAAAGCGCAUAGCUAGUUUAGCUACAGCCGAGCAGCAUGUAGGUUACCGCAUCGGCUGCUGUACCCCCUCUGUAACCAUUUAUUUUUUCUAGGGAACCGCACAAUUCGAGAGCAUAGAUCUGUAGAUUUAGAUGCGCUCAGUCUGUCUAAAACGCAAGACUCGUGUCAGAUCAAUUUCAUGAUUUCUAAUAUUGUUAAUAAAAAUUGGAAUUCUUUUUCACAUCGUUCACGUUAUUAGAUCAUGGCGCGUGUUCUCCAAAGCAGCAGAGAUAUCAGAUGCACUAACCCCUGACACCUGACUGACUGUUUUCCACCCUCACCCCUCCUAUUUAAAAAAAUAAAUAAAUAAAAAAAUCCAUAAAAGUAGAAGUGACAGUACUGGACUACUCAUGGAUUGGGACAGAGCUAGCUCUGUGUCAGGCAGUGCCAUUUUCAUGACUAAUUAACUGCCUUCAAUUAAAAUAAACCCUCACCCCCACCAAAGUCCAAAUACACAAUUCCAUAUUUCAAUAAAAAAAUAAAUGCAACAUUAGAAUAAUACAAGGCAAACCCAAGGCUAUUUUUGCUUUUGGGAAUAGCACAGACAAUAAAACUAAUAAGAAAAACACAAAAAACUAACUGGAACACCAGUGAAACACAACAUUUUGCAGAAUUCAAUUCAGGCUGUUCACAACGGGAACCCAGCAGUUUAGUCAAAUUGGGACAAAAAUAUGGGCGACCUAGCAAACAGUGCUGUGGAGGUAUACCCCAAAAAACAGCGGGGUGGUGGGGGUGGUGAACCCAACCAUGCAGGGGGUUUUGGGUGCACCCUGGAAGAGCUGCGCAAUCUUAUGGAGCUGCGGGGGGCUGAUGCACUUCAGAAAAUAGAGGACUGCUAUGGAGACAUCAACGGACUGUGCUACCGGUUAAAAACUUCAACAAAUGAAGGGCUCUCAAACAAUCCAGUUGAUCUUGAGAAGAGACGGCAAAUUUAUGGGAAGAACUUCAUCCCACCGAAAAAGGCCAAAACAUUUCUACAGUUAGUUUGGGAAGCACUACAGGAUGUUACCCUCAUUAUCUUGGAGAUUGCAGCAAUUAUCUCUUUGGGUUUAUCCUUCUAUCAACCACCUGGAGAAGAAACCGAAGUGUGUGGAAAUGUGGCAGCUGGAGCAGAAGAUGAGGGCGAGGCAGAGGCAGGCUGGAUUGAGGGGGCAGCCAUCUUAUUAUCUGUCAUCUGUGUAGUCCUGGUGACGGCAUUCAAUGACUGGAGCAAAGAAAAGCAGUUUCGUGGUCUUCAGAGUCGCAUCGAACAGGAGCAAAAGUUUACUGUUAUUCGCAAUGGCAAUGUUAUCCAGAUUCCUGUGGCUGAACUGGUGGUUGGAGACAUUGCGCAGGUGAAAUAUGGUGACUUGCUUCCUGCAGAUGGUGUCCUCAUUCAAGGAAAUGAUCUCAAAAUUGAUGAGAGCUCUCUAACUGGGGAAUCAGAUCAUGUUCGAAAAUCAGUGGAAAAAGACCCUAUGCUGUUGUCAGGUACUCAUGUCAUGGAAGGCUCUGGCAGAAUGCUGGUGACUGCUGUUGGUGUCAACUCCCAAACAGGAAUUAUCUUCACUUUACUGGGAGCUGGAGAGGGAGAGGAGGAAAAGAAAGAUAAAAAAGGCAAGCAGCAGGACGGGGUGGUGGAAAACAAUCAAAAUAAAGCUAAGAAACAAGAUGGUGCAGUUGCCAUGGAAAUGCAACCACUGAAGAGUGCAGAGGGUGGAGAAGUAGAAGAACGUGAGAAGAAGAAAGCCAGUGUUCCAAAGAAAGAGAAGUCUGUCCUACAGGGCAAACUAACAAAGCUGGCAGUGCAAAUUGGAAAAGCAGGUCUGGUAAUGUCAGCUAUUACCGUUAUCAUACUUGUUCUCUACUUUGUGAUUGAAACAUUUGUGAUUGAUGGUCGAGUAUGGAUUGCAGAGUGCACUCCUGUCUACGUGCAAUACUUUGUGAAGUUCUUCAUUAUUGGAGUCACAGUGCUGGUUGUGGCUGUUCCUGAAGGUCUCCCAUUGGCCGUCACCAUUUCUUUGGCAUACUCAGUCAAGAAAAUGAUGAAAGAUAACAACCUGGUGAGGCACCUGGAUGCUUGUGAAACUAUGGGCAACGCCACUGCAAUCUGUUCUGACAAGACUGGCACUCUCACCACCAAUCGCAUGACUGUAGUGCAGUCCUAUAUUGGAGACACACGCCAUAAAGAGGUGCCAGAUCCGAAUGCCCUGAAUCCCAAAACCCUGGAACUCCUUAUUGGCGCCAUUGCUCUGAACAGUGCAUACACUACUAAGAUACUGCCUCCUGAUAAGGAAGGUGGGCUUCCAAAACAAGUGGGAAACAAAACUGAGUGUGCAUUGUUGGGAUUUGUGCUGGACUUGAAGAGGGACUACCAGCCAAUCAGAGAGCAGAUUCCAGAAGAAAAGCUAUACAAGGUUUACACCUUUAAUUCUGUGCGCAAGUCAAUGAGUACAGUCAUCCGCAUGCCUGAUGGAGGCUUCCGUCUCUACAGCAAAGGGGCUUCAGAAAUUCUUCUUAAAAAAUGCUCCAGUAUUUUGAACAGCAAUGGGGAGGCAAGGAGCUUCCGUCCCCGUGAUCGAGAUGAGAUGGUGAAAAAAGUGAUAGAGCCAAUGGCAUGUGAUGGACUCCGAACAAUCUGCAUUGCCUACCGUGAUUUUCCUAGUGUUCCUGAACCCGACUGGGAAAAUGAGAAUGAAAUUGUUUCAGAUCUGAUUUGUAUUGCUGUGGUGGGCAUUGAAGACCCAGUUCGACCUGAGGUGCCAGAAGCCAUUCGGAAGUGUCAGCGUGCAGGAAUCACAGUGCGCAUGGUAACAGGAGACAACAUCAACACUGCCAGAGCUAUUGCAGCUAAGUGUGGAAUAAUCCAAGCUGGAGAGGAGUUCCUGUGUCUUGAAGGCAAAGAGUUCAACCGACGAAUCAGAAACGAGAAAGGAGAGAUAGAACAGGAGCGGAUUGACAAAAUCUGGCCAAAGUUGAGAGUUUUAGCUCGAUCUUCUCCAACUGACAAACACACCUUAGUAAAAGGCAUAAUUGACAGCAGCAUUGUAGAACAAAGGCAAGUGGUAGCAGUGACAGGAGAUGGGACCAAUGACGGGCCAGCUCUCAAGAAGGCGGAUGUUGGUUUUGCUAUGGGUAUUGCUGGCACUGAUGUAGCAAAAGAAGCUUCUGACAUCAUCUUGACAGAUGACAAUUUUUCCAGCAUUGUGAAGGCAGUGAUGUGGGGCCGUAAUGUCUAUGACAGCAUUUCCAAGUUCCUGCAGUUUCAGCUCACAGUUAACGUGGUGGCUGUAAUUGUUGCUUUCACUGGAGCCUGUAUCACUCAGGAUUCACCUUUAAAGGCUGUCCAGAUGCUAUGGGUAAACCUAAUAAUGGACACCUUUGCUUCAUUGGCCCUUGCAACUGAGCCUCCUACUGAAGCAUUGCUCCUGCGCAAGCCAUAUGGCCGCAACAAGCCUCUGAUAUCUCGCACCAUGAUGAAAAACAUACUGGGUCAUGGUGUUUACCAACUCACUGUUAUAUUCAGCUUACUCUUUAUAGGAGAGAAAAUCUUCGACAUCGAUAGUGGACGCAAUGCUCCUCUCCACUCUCCUCCAUCAGAGCACUACACUAUCAUCUUCAACACAUUCGUCUUGAUGCAGCUUUUCAAUGAGAUCAAUGCACGCAAAAUCCAUGGAGAACGAAAUGUCUUCGAUGGCAUCUUCAGCAAUCCAAUUUUCUGCAGCAUUGUCCUGGGAACGUUUGGUGUACAGAUUGUCAUUGUGCAAUUUGGAGGGAAACCUUUCAGCUGUGCCCCCUUGAAUGUAGAACAGUGGCUCUGGUGUCUGUUUGUGGGGGUUGGUGAGCUACUGUGGGGUCAGGUCAUUGCAACAGUCCCCACCAGUCACCUGAAAUGUCUGAAGGAAGCAGGACACGGACCAGGCAAAGAUGAGAUUACUGAUGAAGAGCUGGCUGAGGAUGAAGAGGAAAUUGACCAUGCUGAGAGGGAGCUUCGACGAGGACAGAUCCUGUGGUUCCGUGGACUUAAUCGCAUCCAGACUCAGAUGGAGGUAGUGAGUACAUUCAAGAGAAGUGGUUCGUUUCAGGGCGCAGUGCGUCGACGUUCAUCUGUUCUCAGCCAGCUCCAUGAUGUAACCAAUAUUUCUACCCCCACUCACAUCCGAGUGGUGAAAGCCUUCCGUAGCUCUCUCUAUGAAGGGCUGGAAAAACCGGAUUCCAAGAACUCAAUCCACAACUUUAUGGCCCACCCUGAGUUCCUGAUUAAUGACUUCAUCCACAACAUCCCCUUGAUUGAUGACACUGACAUUGAUGAGGACUUAGAAACAGCCAGCAAGCACAACCAUCACUUCCACCACCAUCAUUAUCCACAGCCCCCACACCGUCAACACAGCUGCCCACCUUCUCCGAACAAAAACAACAAUGCCAUUGAUAGUGGCAUUUAUCUGACCACCCCUGACGCUAGCAAGUCAGCUACCUCGUCCAGUCCAGGAAGCCCUCUACACAGCGUUGAGACUUCACUAUAACAAAAUGGAAAGCUACUUGAAGAGGCCGAAACAGACUCAAUUAAUAAAAAAAAAUGCAGAGAGUCAACUUGUUGUUUGGACAUUGGGCGAUGGAGUCCACAGCCACCCUUCAGUGAAGUUUUUUAAAUUUAUUAAAAUGUUGAAACAAUUUAAGGGCAUGGGGUGAGCCAAGGACCUCGCUGUAGUUACCUCUCGGCUUUUUUGUUUGUGAGAAGAAAAUGAACUCAAGGUUCUCAAAGUGAGAGGUUAAUUCAUUUGCCUCUUAAAUCUUAUCAUUAUUAAGAUUAUCUUUAUUAAUAAUAUUACUGUUAUUAUUCUUAUUGCUAUUUAUCAGUUUUUGAUCGAUUGAUUGAUUGGUUGAUUUGAUUGAUUUUGUUUUAUUUACAGUAUGUAUUGUUGUGUGAGUCUUGAGCAAUGAAAUAUAAAAAAAAAAGCAAAAGUAAGAGCAAACUAAACAAACCAAAACAAAAGAAAAAAAAGAAAUGAUGAAUGAAAAGAGUAAUUCUAAUGCAAAAUUAAAUUUAUUAUCUUUUUUUAUUAUUAUUUUUUAGAAAGUUGUGGUUGGGUACAGUCUUGGAAAACUAUGAGGGGAUGACGUUGCCAGCCAAACCAACAAACUAAAUAUCACAUUC